UCACAAGCACUCCCAUUGCAAGCAGAUAGAUGAAACGGAGCAAUGCUACUAAUGGAGCUAAAGCAAACAAAGAAAAUGCACAUCUUUGUUAGCCUCGAUUUUGGAAUCUUGCUUUGGAUUAAUUGUUUACUGCCAUGGAGGAUAUAGAACAUCUGAUUGGUUUCUUCACUGGGUAAUAAUUUUUGAGAAUCCAGGAUGACAAAGACAAUAGGAUACCGAGACUGGAGAUGGCAGGCGCUCUGGUGGCAUACAUUUUUUCUCCUGUGGAGUACAAUAGAAGCACAGACUCGUUACAGCAUCCCAGAGGAACUAAAACCGGGAUCUGUGGUCGGAAAUCUCGCCAAAGAUUUGGGUUUGUCAUUAUCUGACAUUUUUGACCGUAAGCUGCGGGUCGCCUCUGAGGCUGGCGAGCAGUUUUUCAGCGUGGAUGCGGGGAAGGGAGAGCUGGUGGUGAAUGACAGAAUAGACAGAGAGGCUCUGUGUGGACAAAGCGCCAGUUGCGUUUUAACUCUGCAAGUUGUGAUUGAUACACCUUUACAGCUGUACAGAGUAGAGGUGGAAAUACAAGAUGUUAAUGAUAAUUCUCCCAGAUUCCCGUUGACUGAAAAAACAUUGCAAAUAGCCGAGUCGGCAGCGGCUGGGGUGCAUUUUCCACUAGAAACAGCUCAAGAUCUUGAUGUUGGAGUCAACUCAGUGAGAUCAUAUACUUUAAGUAAAGAUGAAUUUUUUAGUUUGAAAAUCAAAGAUGUGUCUGGUGGUAAAAGAGUUCCAGAGUUAGUUCUAUCUAAAUCUGUUGACAGAGAGAAAAAAUCCACACACAAACUGACGCUCAUUGCUAUAGAUGGUGGAAAUCCAGUAAGGUCUGGGACCUGCCAAAUAACCAUAAAUGUCCUCGAUAUUAACGACAAUUUUCCUACAUUUGAGAAGAGCCUUUAUAAAGUUUCCAUAAGCGAAAACGCACAAAACGGGGCAUCAAUUCUUACAUUGACAGCUAAAGAUGCCGAUGAAGGUCUCAACGGAGAGGUCGAGUUUGCAUUUGGUGCGCAUACAUCAGAUAAUGUCCUGUCUGUGUUUGAUAUAGAUUCGUUAACUGGGGAAAUACGCUUGAUUGGGAGUUUAGAUUUUGAAACUAAUACUAAUUAUGAGAUUGAUGUUUCCGCUACAGACAAAGGAAACCCGAGAAUGGAGGGGCAUUGCACUGUCCAUAUUGAAGUGUUAGACGUUAACGAUAAUCCUCCAAAUAUAUUUCUGACCUCUCAACCAAACUCGGUGCCUGAGAACGCACCAAGCGGUACUGUGGUGGCUUUAAUUAGCGCAAGAGAUGUUGACUCUGGCGAUAAUGGUAAAGUUAUAUUGCAGCUUCCCAAAGAUACUCCCUUUAAGCUGAAACCGUCCUUUUCUGACAAUUAUGCUUUAAUCACAAACGGUGCUUUAGACAGAGAACACUUCUCAGAGUAUAAUGUCGAGAUAGCCGCCACUGACUUGGGCUUACCACCGAUGUCCAGCAAAAAGACAAUUAAGGUUAAUAUUACUGAUAUAAAUGACAAUCCACCUGUAUUUACGCAACUAACAUAUACAGUGUAUUUAAAGGAAAAUGGAUUACCAGGAUCUAUACUUUACUCAGUUUCAGCAUCUGAUCUGGAUUCUGGUGAAAACGCAAAGAUCUCUUACUCCAUACUGGACUCUAAAGUGCAGGACGUCUCUGUCUCAUCUUAUGUUUACAUUAACUCAGAUAACGGAAGCAUCUACAGCAUGCACUCGUUUGACUAUGAGAAGCUGAAGGUGUUUCAGAUUCAGGUUCAGGCAAAGGACCAGGGCUCUCCCUCUCUCAGCAGCAACGCCACUGUCCAUGUUUUUAUCCGGGACCAGAACGAUAAUGCCCCCGCUGUUAUUUACCCCUCCUCCGCUGCCCUGGGCUCCCUCUCUCAUCAGAGGAUGCCCCGCUCCGCUAAGGCUGGUCACCUGGUUACUAAGGUGACGGCUGUGGACGCUGACUCGGGCCAUAACGCCUGGAUCUCUUACAGACUGGCGGAGGCCACAGACGCCUCUCUGUUCACCGUCAAUCAGUACACAGGGGAGGUGAGGACUAAACGCGCUGUGUCCGAGCAGGACGACUCCUCUCAGAGGCUGCUGGUAGAGAUCAAGGAUGACGGGGAACCGGUUCAGUCCACCACCGUCACGGUGUCCAUCCUACUGGAGGACGGUCUCCAUGAGCCCAUCUUAGACCUCCGACACAAACUGUCCGAGCCCAGCAAGAAAACUGGCAGAAUCACCCUUUAUUUGAUCCUGUCUCUGGCCUCGGUGUCCGUGCUGUCUCUGGUGACUUUUCUCAUCUUAGCGGUGAAAUGCAUCAGGAGCAGCAGAAACGGGAGCUGCUGCAUGAGACGGAGCGACUGUGAUGAAUACAAGAACCCCAACAGAAACCUGCAGAUUCAGCUCAACACUGAUGGACCUAUAAAGUACGUGGAGGUCCUGGGAGGAGACAUGAUGUCUCAGAGUCAGUCCUUCAGGUCCUGCAUGUCUCCAAUGUCAGAGUACAGUGAUUUCACUUUGAUCAAACCCAGCAGCACCACAGACUUUAGAGAAGUCAUCAGUGUUCUGGAUGCGUCUUUACCCGACAGCACCUGGACCUUUGAGAGCCAGCAGGUGAGCCAAAAAAUAAUUAGAUUUUCAUAAACACUUUCUUUGGGUUUUAUUAUUAUUAUUACUUUGUUGUUGUCUUUUUGUUUUGUUGUU